AUGUAUCCGCAAGAAUUGAUUGACGAGAUACUCGACAACCUACACGACUCGCCCUCUGCGCUAAAAGCAUGCUCCCUCGUCUCUCACCAAUUCUACCCCCGCACACGUGACCAUCUUUUCAGCUUCGUCGAUUGUCCGACCUACCCAGAUGAAGCACGAAUCUUUGACAUCGCGCGCGACUCACCCGAGCUGCUCCAGUGCAUCAAACACGUCCAGUUCCAAUGCCUCAAUUUUUUCUUACCCCCAUACCGGACAGCCACUUUCGAGGUCUUGCACUCACUUCCAUCCCCGAUGACACUGUCCCUCCGGAACGACGGCGCCCGGGUCAAUUUCUUGACGGAAGAAUGUGAAUGGUGGCAAAUUUUGCCUGGGCUCAUAUCCUCAGCUCCGUAUCUCGCCGUCACCAGACUCGAGUUCAAACGUCCCCGAUGGAGCACUUUCCUAGAGUUCCACCACAUCGUUCUCUCUUUUCCCAAUGUGACGGAGUUGUACAUAUCAGACUUGACGGAGUUGUAUGAGCCCGACGACCCCGCUAUGCCAGUAUCUCCUGCUCCUCGCAUCAAGAUUCUGCAUGUGGACAGCUUUGGCCCAAUCUCCGCAUUCUGGGAAGGUUUGCAUUCGUAUCGGUCUGUGUACCUUGAUCACCUGGAGGAGUUCUAUACUAUAAGCGACUUCCCGAAAGACCCUGGUGCAAUUGUCCAAGCUGCAAAUUCGGUAUCAAAGGGUCUAAAAGUUUUGGAGAUCACUUUCUGGGACAAUGCCUCCCUUCUUCGCUUGAACGCUACUACCGAUCUACGCCUCGGUGGUGAUCUGAACAACAACAUGCUACCAUUCAUCAACUGGUGGAUCGAGUGCUUCCAAGUAGUUGAGAAGGAGUCUAUCGUUAUGGACCGACUGACCAUCAGGAUGGUAGGCAAGGGACCUCCUGUCACCCCCGGACAACUCGAGCCAAUAAAGAGAGCGUUCGAGGAGUUGAGCGACCUUCUCUCAAGGCUCGUCCGGAACGUGGACCUGGUAUUCCAGUUAAAGGAUUACGAGGCUCACCCGGAUCUGUCCACGGAUUGUUUGAGAGGCGCCAUCAUAGAUGCGUGCAAGGUGCUGGGGAAGACAAACUCGAGGAUUUUGAUAUGA